AUGGAUCCACUUUCGGGUGCAGCAAGUGUUAUCGCAGUUAUCCAAUUAACCGGAGCUAUCUUACAAAUAUGUGGAAGAUAUCUCAAUAACGUCAAGAGCGCGAAGCAGGAUAUUCAGCGUUUCCAAGAGAAGGUCGCCGCCCUUUUACAAGUCCUCCACUCUCUCGAUGAGCUGAUCCGUGGAACUGAUGGCAACAAACUUACUGCUACGCAAGACCUGGUCGACAAUAUUGCCAAAUGCUCCUCAGCACUUACAAAUAUGAAAGAGAGAAUCAAUCCGGAAACGACGCAGAAACAGAUGAGGAAAUGGGGCCUUCGAGCCUUAAAAUGGCCACUGGCACGGUCGGAGGUAGAUUUUGCUAUCAUGGAGCUUGAGUCGUACAAAACAACAUUUGCUUUGUCCUUGCAGGUUGAUCAAACGAGAUCUACCAAUUUGAUCCAUAAAAAGAUAGACCUCAGCAGACUACAGACCGCAAAACAAGCAUCAUUCGACUCCUACGACAAUCAACACAGUGAAUGUCUCCCGGGGACCCGGAUUGACCUACUUCGAGAAAUCGAAGAGUGGGUAAAAUCGCCACACGGAAAAUGCAUAUUUUGGUUGAACGGCAUGGCAGGGACAGGGAAAUCAACAAUCUCCCAAACAGUUGCAAGUCGUCUUCAGAAGCAGCAGCUUCUCGGGGCCAGCUUCUUCUUUCGGAGAGGCGAAGAGGACAGAGGGACAGCAAAAAAGCUUUUCCCAACAUUAACCGAGCAAAUAGUCAACAAAAUACCUCAAAUGCUGCCUGGAGUUCAAAAGGCAAUUGACGAUGACCCUAAUAUUUCGGAAAAGGUGUUGAGAGAACAAUUUGAAAAGCUUCUACUGGAUCCACUGUUUGGAAUUGAGCAGCAAGAAGAGACCAUAAGAAGAGUGAUCGUGAUCGAUGCUCUAGAUGAAUGCGAUUUAGAAGAGGAUAUAGGGAGUCUCCUCUGGCUCUUGCCACAAGUUCGAAAGUCAACUUCUGUGCAACUACGGUUUUUAUUGACAAGCAGACCUGAGUUGCCGUUUAGGCUGGGCUUCGAAGGGAUCACCGAUGCCCACCAGGAUUUGGUCCUCCAUGAGAUCGAAAAGCCAGUGAUAGAGCAUGACAUAUCCUUAUAUUUUGAGGAUCAGUUCCUACGCUUAAAACAGAGGCGCUCAUUUCCACCAGACUGGCCCGGAGCCGCAGCUACUAAGAUAUUGGUUGAUAGGACCGUCCCUUUGUUCAUCGCAGCUGCUACCAUAUGUCGUUUUAUCAGUGAUAUAAAAUGGAACCCUCAAAAGAGACUUGAUGCGAUAUUGACAGACCAAUCAACCUAUGUGUCUAAGAUGGACAGCACCUAUGUUCCCGUGCUAAAGCAACUUCUCACUGGCCAGAAUGAAACAGAGUCACGGAAAUUACUCGAAGAGUUCAAGGAGAUAGUCGGGGUGAUCAUUAUUCUUGCCACUCCGCUUUCGAUUAACUCCCUUGGCCGCCUAAUAGACAGAGAGUCAGAUGAUAUCAAAUGUCGAUUAGACCAGCUCCACUCGGUGCUCAGUGUACCAAACAAUUUCGACACACCAGUCAGGAUCCUCCAUCUGUCAUUCCGAGAUUUUCUCUUGGAUCACCGCGAAGACGAAAGCAAAUUCUGGAUCAAUGGAAAGUACGCAAACCAUCGUCUUGCAGAACGAUGCCUUCAGAUCAUGCAGGACAGCCUAGAGAAAAACAUCUGCAAACUGCCAAGCGAAGGCAUACAAUGGAAUGAAAUUAGCAAUGAUUCGAUCCAGCAUUAUAUACCUCCCGAACUGAAAUAUGCCUGUCGAUACUGGGCGCAUCAUCUUGUACAAUGCACGGACUUGCCUAGCAUGAUACACAAUGUUUAUCAAUUUCUCCAGGUGCACUUUUUGCACUGGGUGGAAGCAAUGAGCCUACUGCGCCUUACGUCAGCAGUAUUAGGUAUUCUUGAUCUGCUCCAAACGGCCAUAUCGGGUAACGACUCUUCUCUGAUUUCUGAUUUCGUUCACGAUGCAAAGCGCUUUAUUCUGAAAAAUCGCCAGAUAGUUGAUCAGGCCCCCCUUCAAGUUUAUUGCGCAGGACUUGUAUUUGCACCCCGAACGGGGAUAAUACGUAGAAAGUUCAAACGGUUGCUUCCCACUUGGAUAUGUCAGUUACCACAAGUUGAGGAAGAAUGGAGCGCGCUCACCCAGACCCUCGAAGGCCAUUUAAAUGCGGUUAUAUCAGUAGCCUUCUCGCCCGACGGCCGCCUACUAGCGUCCGGCUCUGGGGAUAAGACAGUACGGCUCUGGGACCCAGCGACGGGCGCGCUUACCCAGACCCUCGAAGGCCAUUCAGAUACGGUUAAUUCAGUGGCCUUCUCGCCCGACGGCUCGUCCGGCUCUAGGGAUAAGACAGUGCGGCUCUGGGACCCAGCGACGGGCGCGCUUACCCAGACCCUCGAAGGCCAUUCAGAUGCGGUUCAUUCAGUGGCCUUCUCGCCCGACGGCCGCCUGCUAGCGUCCGGCUCUUGGGAUAAGACAGUGCGGCUCUGGGACCCAGCGACGGGCGCGCUUACCCAGACCCUCGAGGGCCAUUCAAAUGCGGUUGAAUCAGUAGCCUUCUCGCCCGACGGCCGCCUGCUAGCGUCCGGCUCUUGGGAUAAGACAGUACGGCUCUGGGACCCAGCGACGGGCGCGCUUACCCAGACCCUCGAAGGCCAUUCAAAUGCGGUUGAAUCAGUAGCCUUCUCGCCCGACGGCCGCCUGCUAGCGUCCGGCUCUUGGGAUAAGACAGUGCGGCUCUGGGACCCAGCGACGGGCGCGCUUACCCAGACCCUCGAAGGCCAUUCAAAUGCGGUUCAUUCAGUGGCCUUCUCGCCCGACGGCCGCCUGCUAGCGUCCGGCUCUUGGGAUAAGACAGUACGGCUCUGGGACCCAGCGACGGGCGCGCUUACCCAGACCCUCGAAGGCCAUUUAAAUGCGGUUGAAUCAGUAGCCUUCUCGCCCGACGGCCGCCUACUAGCGUCCGGCUCUUGGGAUAAGACAGUGCGGCUCUGGGACCCAGCGACGGGCGCGCUUACCCAGACCCUCGAAGGCCAUUCAGAUUGGGUUGAAUCAGUGGCCUUCUCGCCCGACGGCCGCCUGCUAGCGUCCGGCUCUUGGGAUAAGACAGUACGGCUCUGGGACCCAGCGACGGGCGCGCUCACCCAGACCCUCGAAGGCCAUUCAAAUGCGGUUGAAUCAGUAGCCUUCUCGCCCGACGGCCGCCUAAAAUCAGUGGCCUUCUCGCCCGACGGCCGCCUGCUAGCGUCCGGCUCUUGGGAUAAGACAGUACGGCUCUGGGACCCAGCGACGGGCGCGCUCACCCAGACCCUCGAAGGCCAUUCAGAUACGGUUAAUUCAGUGGCCUUCUCGCCCGACGGCCGCCUACUAGCGUCCGGCUCUAGGGAUAAGACAGUGCGGCUCUGGGACCCAGCGACGGGCGCGCUCACCCAGACCCUCGAAGGCCAUUCAGAGGCGGUUGAUUCAGUGGCCUUCUCGCCCGACGGCCGCCUACUAGCGUCCGGCUCUGGGGAUAAGAUAGUACGGCUCUGGGACCCAGCGACGGGCGCGCUUACCCAGACCCUCGAGGGCCAUUCAGAUGCGGUUGAUUCAGUGGCCUUCUCCUCUACGCCCCAUCAAUCUCACGCGGCUCUAAGCAUCUCUAUUGAGCACCAGUGGAUAGCAUUGAAUGGCAAAAGGGUUCUGUGGCUUCCUAUCGAGUCUCGACCUAGCACUUUCAAGAUAAACGGCAAUGUACUUGCCCUAGGACAUGCAUCAGGGCGGGUUUCCUUUAUUGGAUUUUGUAUGUAA